ACGUCGCACAAAGUACCCUCCUCCUUCUCUCCCCAUUUGUCCGCCUCACAAAGGCGUUCGCACCUACAAAGCCGGAGAUGCACCUGCCAGCGAGGCAGCUCCCCUCGCCUGCGGCUCCCCUCGGGGCGGCACUUUAUUUGCAAAGCGGCGUAAUUGGUUUAAGCUUGCGGGGAAAGAAGGAGAGACGGAGGUGGGAGAGGGGAGGGAGGAAGUUCCCCCUCAUAGACGGACAGGACAAGCUCUAGGAGGGCUCACUGGAAAUGAAAUGAGAAACUCUAUGAGUCACCACGCUGAGCGGUAACACUCUAGACACCCAAUAAAUGCGGCCAGAGACUCGAAUGUGGAUCCACCGAGGUCAGCCUCCGCCUGACAAACACCAGAGAGCGUUUCAGCUCGUUGCACAGAUGGAUCAGCGCGCCUCAGGCGCUGACAGCCGCUCCUGGAAAUCCCCCUCCAGCCCCGGCGGCCGGAAGCCUCCCGUGUGCGCAGCGGCGGAGCGCGGCGGUGCGGUGCUUCCCGUCGGGCCGGGGCUCAGCGCCGUGAGGGAUGCGCGGGGAAACCGGCUCGACGGGACCGUGUCCUUCCGCAGCCCUCGAGGGGAAGGGAGAGCAGGGCUCUGCGGGGAUGGAGGACAUAGAAAGACUUCUGCCAUUCUAGCCGUUAGAACGGAUGGCACCAGGGCCGGCACCGCGCGGGAACUCCGCACAAACCGGGAGCCCCGGCCCCGCGCUGCACGGGCACUGACCCACUCGCGGGAUGGGAAAUGGAAUAGUGGACGGGAACCUCUCGGCAGCGUCCGUGCGGGGCAGGUUACAAUCUCGGGAAGGAACCUCGAGACUGCAUCAGAAUGCCUUCCCUGUUCAUCGCUGUUCGGCCACCUUUCCAUUUCCCCGGCUCUGACUCCUGCCCACCCAUCCCUUCCGGCGGUAGGAAACUCCCGUUCCACCCGUUUCCGACCUGGAAUCCCCCCUCCACGUAAAAGUGAACACAGGAAUCGUGUGCGAACCGCGCCGGUGCCCGCAGCCGGAUGGAAGCCCCGGGACGCUGUCAGCGGCGGCCGGCGGCAGCCCCGCACCGAGGGACGCACCGUGCAGCCCCUGCCGGACUCUGCCUCCCCUUCUUCACCCGCCCUGAGCCGCAGGGCCGCCCUCCGGCCACAACCCCGCCGGCAUCAUUCAGCACACAGGUAGUGACUUGAUACGCUCCUGACACAGAAAAAAAUACGUUGCCUACACCCGAAAGCCCUCGCAUAUCACAGCCCAAUUAAAGGAGAAAGAAGCACAAAUAACGAAAUGAAAAGCUACACAUAACCUACUGUCCGACGGCCGCAGAAAUCACAGUAAGAAGCCCCUGGGUUUGGAUUACUUUUUCUUCAGUGCAACAGUAUAGUUCUUAAGCAGGUAAAUCACACGCCGGUGUAUUCAGUCACUUCAUUUUUGUUAAUAGGGCUGGCUGUGGGCUUGCAGAACUUGAGCUAGCAGGAUGCCCACCCAGCUGUGUAUUGUUGGCAAAGUCUGUUUUUCUCUUCAUAAAAAUAAAUGCAUUUCACGCUUCUCACUUGAAUCAAGAAGAGCUAUAUUGUAUGCAUUUCAAUUAGUGGCUGUAUUAUUUAUGUUAUAUUUCCUGAAACGUGAGUGGCAAUGCUUCUGACGCUUAUUUCAAUCAGUGUGCCAAUUCUGCAGCCACUGUCCCUUUUUGAAAGUUUUGUUUGCAAAUUUUUUAAAAACUGUUUUUUAUUUCAAAGUAACUGCAGUAAUAAGGCACAAAAGAAGCAAUAUCAGAAGAGAUGGGACUACGCAUAGAUAAAUAUACUUAAUUGGCACCCAGCUUGUAGAGUUUCACCUGAAUAGAAAAAUUAUUUUUUUAAAUAAUUUUUUUAAAUAAAACAUGCACAGACUUCUGCAACACACAUAUAAGGAAUAAAGAAAUCAAAAUCUGCACAGUUAGUCUACUAAAAUCAGUAUCAGACACACUUUUGUGUAGAACCUAGAACUUAGAGAGUGACUUUGUGGACCACUGUCUGUCCAUCUUUUCCAAUAUUAUCUGCUGAUUGAACAAAAAGUAUUUUCAUACCCCAUGAAUCUUCAAGCACUGCAAUGAGUUCUCUGGGACAAUAUCUAUUUCCCUGAUAUAAACCAAAUAUUGCUGUACUGGUCAACUGAUGCAGAGCUGAUCAGCGACUUGGGAUAUUCAUGUCAACAGAAACACAUCAUUUCUUCUGUGAACUGACCUGCCUAUGCAGAAGAUUGAAUUGGCAACCUGGAUUUAGCACCACAUUUUUAAUUUUUUAAUUCGUAUUUUCCUUACCUAAAAAUAAAUAAAUGAAAUAAAAGAUUAUUUUCCCUUC